AUGCGCACACACGUCAACGCAUAUGCGAACGUACGCUCGGGCGUCUCUCCUCCCCGCAUCCCAGCGGACUGCCACUGGCUCUCGACCGCGUCGUCCUGGGACCAUGUGUCCCCUGGCCUUUUCUGCGGAGGCCCUGCAGAUCGAACAGGCAGGGGCAAGGAUGGGGCUUCCCGCACCGAGCACGGUUCCCCCGUCGUGGAAACAGGCGUCUGUCCCACCGGGCGGGGCUUCGGCUCUCGGUGCGAUGUCCGCAAGCCGUGGCCGCUGAAACGUGCGCACGCUGGAGCCGCCGCCGUGCAGAGGGAGAUCUCAUCCGGCUCCUCGUGUCCUUCCAGUGAGCAGAGAGUCCCCUCAGGUCCCCUGCUCCUCCCAUGCACGCGCACGCUCCCCAACGGUCCUAGGAACAGCCUGCCCCAGAGGAGCGUGCUGGCCACAACCCACCUCCACGGAGACGGAGACGGCAGUGUCCGUCCGCGUCAGUCACCCUCGUCCAGAGUCCCCGGGCCGUGUGCCCUCGCCUUCACGCCUGGCACCGUCCGUUCUGUAGGUUUGUGUCGAACCUGCCCGGAGCCCUGUGGCAUCGUCCCGGAUCAGGGGUUCGGUGGAAAACACCCUGUCCCCCUGCCUCCUCGGCAGGUGGAUCCUUCACCACUGGACCACCAGGCAGGGAAGUCCCUUCACAGCCUUCUAAAAGCAUCUACCCUGAAACAGUCCACGUCGUCCUCCAAACAUCACUGGACCAUCACGACGGAAAGGAAGGAAACGAUGACACUUCAAGAAGCAGCAAGAGUGCCGGUCUGUGAGAAACGAAGGUCAACCCUUCACGAUGCAAUCCCUUUUCCGGGCCUGAUCGUUCAGAAACUCUCCCAUCCCAAGCGGGGGACGGCAGGAUAUCCAUCUCGAGUUUGGGACGGGGGCUUCCCCGGCGGCUCCGUAGGAAACCGUCCCGUGCCCACGCAGGAAACACGGGUUUCAUCCCCGGCCCGGGACGAUCCCACGUGCUACAGAGCCACGAAGCCCAUAGGCCUCGCCGACGGAAUCCGUGCUCUAGAUCCUGGCCACUGCGAGCGCUGAGCCCACACCCAGCAGCCGCUGAAGCCCACGUGCCCCAGUGCCCACGCUCCCCAAGAGGAACCACAGCCACGAGAAGCCCAGACACACAACCGCAGAGCGGCCCCCUCCUCCACGGAGAGAGAACCGCUCGCACAGCCGUGAAGACACGGCACACCCCCACAGAGAUCAGAGACGUCCCACGAUUUGAAAGCAAUACGGGGUCUAGGAUGGGACGCCGUCGGCCAAUACCUCGUCCCAUCCCUCGGGAAGCUCGCCGACUCCGCGGUCGAUGAGAUCAAGAAACCGCAGCUCACCGUGCCAUCGGAAGUGCGGGAAGCUCUCCCUGCAGUGCUGAGAGCCCAGUGGAGACGUGACCCGCGGGGACCGUGAGCGUGCCUGUUCUCGGGAAGAAGUCCUUCCCGGUCCGGGCUCUGGAGAUCGGCCCACGCGGACCCGCAGACAGCGGACGGCCAUCCCUCUCGGCUCCCUGCAGGCUCACGGGUCCAGGCGUGCAGUGCCCCCGGCAUCUGCUCGCAUCUUCGGGGCCCGUCUCCCCCGCCGCGCUCCACUCACUUUGAAUCCUUCUCCCCUCUCGUCUGACAUGUUCUCUUUCCCGUGCGACUCUUCCUGGCUCCCCAGGCACCACUUCGCAUCGUUCUCUUCUCAUCGCACUCGUCUCGUGGAAAGAAUUCCACGUCUCUCUGCUCUGGUCCCCAAGGAGUCUGUCAUCGCUCCAUUCAUCUGGGGAUCGACUGGCACCCAGGCAACCCGGGCCCACGAAAACCGGGGCUCCGUGUGGAUGGGACGACUUGCCGACGACCG